AUGACAAUAGAGCACAAAUAUUCAGUGCUAUUGCCAACGUACAAUGAGCGAGAGAAUUUGCCACUGGUGAUAUGGCUCCUGGAAAAGAUCUUUACCGAAAAUAAACUCACGUAUGAGAUUGUCAUUGUAGAAGACAAUAGUCCAGAUGGGACACUUCAAGUAGCACGAGAUUUGCAGCAGAUUUACGGCAAAGAGAAGAUUAUUAUCUUGGCACGAGAAGGAAAGUUAGGACUUGGAUCAGCUUAUCGCGAUGGUCUCAAGAAGGCAACAGGAGAUUUUAUAUUUCUUAUGGAUGCUGAUCUUUCGCAUCAUCCCAAGUUUAUUCCUGAGUUCAUCAAGAAACAAGCAGAAGAAAACUUUGAUAUUGUGACAGGCACGCGAUACGUGUCGGGCGGUGGUGUAUACGGCUGGGACUUGCGCCGGAAGCUGACGAGCCGUGUGGCCAACUACCUGGCAACAGUGUUGCUGAACCCAGCCGUAACAGAUCUUACGGGUAGCUUUCGACUGUACAAGCGCGACGUCAUCGAAGACAUUAUGAGUGCAAUUCAAGGUCUGGGCUACGUUUUUCAAAUGGAAAUUCUUGUUCGCGCUCGUCAACGUCAAUACUCGAUUGCUGAGGUGCCGAUCACUUUCGUAGAUCGUAUCUAUGGCAAAUCAAAGUUGGGUGCCGGUGAAAUCGUUGCAUACCUCAAGGGUUUGCUCAACCUUUUCUUUACAACGUAA